AUGCCUGCUACCACCGCGGACACUCUGUCCCUGGUGCAACGAACCGUCACAGUUGCUCCGCUAGUCCUCCUCUCGGUCGCAGAUCAUUAUGGCCGCUCGGCCAAGGGCACCCGGAAGCGUGUGGUUGGAGUCCUACUGGGCGAAAAUUCGGGGAACACCGUCCGGGUAUCAAACAGCUUUGCGGUCCCGUUUGAGGAAGAUGAGAAAGACCCGUCCGUCUGGUUCCUAGACCACAACUUCGUCGAGUCGAUGAGAGACAUGUUCAAGAAGAUCAACGCGCGCGAGAAGCUCAUCGGCUGGUACCACUCGGGGCCCAAGCUGCGGGCGUCCGAUCUGGAGAUCAACGAGCUUUUCAAGCGAUACACACCGAACCCGCUGCUGGUCAUUGUCGACGUGCAACCCAAAGAAGUCGGCGUGCCUACGGAUGCAUACUUUGCCGUCGACGAGAUCAAAGACGACGGCACCACCACCUCCAAGACCUUCGUCCACACGCCAUCCAUCAUCGAAGCCGAGGAAGCCGAAGAAAUCGGCGUCGAGCACCUCCUCCGAGACAUCAGGGACGUGGCCGUAGGAACCCUGUCGACGCGCAUCACAUCCCAGCUGCAGUCGCUGCAGGGCCUGCAUCUGCGCCUCCGCGACAUCGGCCAGUACCUCCAGAAAGUCCUCGACCACGAGCUCCCCGUCAACCACGCCAUCCUGGGCAACCUCCAGGACGUCUUCAACCUCCUCCCCAACCUGUCCACGCCGCCCGUCACGCCGCGCCUCAGCGGCACCGAGCAGCCGUCCGAUAACAGCGAGCUCGCGCGUGCCAUGAGCAUAAAGACCAACGACCAGUUAAUGGCCAUCUACAUCAGCAGCCUGAUCCGCGCCAUCACCGCGUUCCACGACCUGAUCGAGAACAAGAUCCAGAACCGACAGCAGCAGGAGGAGAACGAGCUGAAACGGGAGCAGGAGGCGAAUGCCAUCAAGGCCGAGAAGGAGGGCAAGAAGGAGGGAGUUAAUGGGGAGCAGAAGGAGGAUAAGGAAAAGUCUAAGAAGGGGCAAUAG